UGGGGAUAAAGAUGUGAUAGGGAUGGGGUCAGGAGUGCAGUGGGUGGGCACAGGAUGGGAACGGGAAUGGGAUGUGGGCUGGGAUAGGAUGGGAUGGCAGCAGCCGAUGAAGCAAAGCAGAUCCCUGGACAUCUCUGCCUGUCCCACAAGAACUCUGGGAAGCUGCUGGAGGAGAUCCUGGUGUCUGCUCCCCAAACUCCGGCUCACGGGGCUGUGGCGAAGCCGCGGGCUCAGGCACUGCCCAGCUCCCCGCUGCCCACGGAGGAGGAUUUCGGGAAGGGGCCCUGGCUGGCCAUGAAGACGGAGCUGGGGCUGGAUGAGAGAGACCCCAGCUGCUUCCUCCGCACCUACAGCGUGGUCAUGGUGCUCCGCAAGGCAGCCCUGAAGCAGCUCCCAAAAAACAAGGUUCCCAGCAUGGCUGUGAUGAUCAAGACCCUGAGCAGGAGCAGCGCCGGCGCUGGCGCCGUGUUCCGGGACCCCACGGGGGAGAUGCAGGGCACGGUGCACCAGCUGCUGCUGGAGCAGAGGCAGAGCGAGCUCCGGGCCGGCUCCGUGCUGCUCCUGAGGCAGGUCGGGGUCUUCUCCCCCUCCCACCGCAACCACUACCUCAACGUGACCCCCAACAACCUCCUCCGCAUCUUCCCGCCUGAGCCCGAGGGCUGCUCCCUCCGGCAGGUCCCUGCCCAGGCUGAGCUGAUUCCAGACCCCCUUGCACAGCCCCCUCAGGGUGUCCCUGUUCCUGAGGACUGGGGACAGUCGAGGACAAGUGGACACAGCGCAGAGCAGCAUCCUGGGGGCUCCUCCCUGUGCCCACCGAGCUCUGGUCCCAGCUGGGAAGAGCCAGUGGGAGCUGAUGGAUGUGACACGGAUGACCUGGACGGGCUCCUGGGGGAGCUGCCCGAGGAUUUCUUCUCAGCCCCGGCUCAGGUUGACUGCGGCUGAGCCCAGCAGCUGCUGUGAGGGUGACGCUGCUGGGGAGCAGGUGACACACCUGCCACCCUCCUGCUCCUGUCUCUGCGUGUCUGUGCUGUUUGUUGUGGAGCUGAGAGCUGGGGAGAGCCGGGGGGACUCAGCGCUGUCCCCGCUGCUCCGGGCACAGCGGCCCCUCUCGCUCCCAAACCUGCAUUAAAGGGCUCUUUUGUUUCUGCA